UGCCCAGCAGCAGGUUUCCCCUGAGGUGCAUGUAAGCCACAGGAAGCAGGCCUUCGUGCUCCCUUCAGGAGCUCCGCCUAGGCCAUCCCCUCCCACCCCUUGGUCUGACACCCUCUGGGCUCAUCUUAGGCACCUGUCCUUCCCGAAGUAUUCCUCCUGUUUUAGGCUGUAACAGCAUUUACCACGCUGGAUUGUCACUGCCCAGAGGACCACCCUGUGUCCCCGCGCAGUCUGCAGGGUGGAAAUACUGUGGCCAACACACCUCUCAGAAUUACUAGAAAUUGACCUUCCCUCUCUGAGCAUGUUGCCUUAUCUGUAAAACGAGAUACUGAUAGUCUGUGAUUAUGGUGGGGAUUGAAUAAGAUUUUUUAAAGCAGCAGGUACUGCCUACGUUGGGUGCAAAAUGAAAUGAGAGCUUUAAAAAAGAACUUCUGACAGCUGCAGCUGUUCCUUGCAAACUGCAGGACACGGACCCAGCCCACGACCGCAGUCUGUGUAGUAUAUUCAGGCCGCACUGAACACGGGACCUGCAGGCGGCGGAGCGGACUGUGUUCCUGGAACAGAACCUAGAACUGGGGCGAUGAGCUGAGGCCCAGCGGUGACAGGCCGCUCCUAACAGCUCCCGGGCACCCAGCGCCCGGAGCUGCACCGGGGUGCCGGGUGCCAUGGUUCCGGGGUGCGGAGGUUCCGGGGUCUGGAGGUCCCGGAAUCCCGCGGUCCAAAGUGCCGGAACGCGACCCAAACCCAGCCCCGACCGGCAGCCCUCGCGCUGACGGCCCCGCCCCCGGCUGAGACGCUCCGUCAAAGCCCAUUGGUCGACGGCCUGUGCGCCCCUGCUCACGUGAUGCACCACGGGACGCUGCACGGGACGCGACCCGGAAGCCGGCGUUGCUGCGGGCUUUUCUCCCGGAGUCGCCAGCGUGCGGAGCGCCAGGGCUCCUCUCCGGGCGGCGGCGGCGGCGGCAGCGGCGGCGGCGGCAGCAGCAGCAGCGGCAGCGGCAGCGGCAGCAGCAGCAGCAGCAGCAGGAGGAGGAUGUUCACGACGGGGGCGGAGAGUCUGCUCCGCCAGGCCAGGGCCGGUCCCCAGCCCGAGAGCCGUCCUGUCACAGCUCAGGGCGUCGUUUCCAGGUCCCUCGUCGCCGGGUUGCCGACGCCGUCGUCUUUGUUUAGGGAGCUCCGGGACGAGGAGCUGGGGAGGCUCUGUGCCCGGGUCUGUGCGCUACUGCGAGAGGAGGACUGGGGUCCCGACGCCCCGGACGCCCUGCGGAGGCUCUUCCUCAUCGUCUCGGCCACGAAAUACAACAGGAGGCUGGAGAGGCCUUGCCUGGCACUGCUGCAGACCACCCUCUGCUCGCCUACCUGCCCCGAGCAGCUCCAGCUGCUCUGCGCCGCUGUCCUGAGAGAGAUGUCGCCCUGCGACAGCCUGAGCCUCUCCUGCGACCACAUCCAGAAUACGCGGCAGCUGGGCCUCGUGGCCUCUGUGCUCUUGGCCCAGGGUGACCAACAGCAGGUCAGGAGCUUGGCCCAGCGCGUCCUCAAGGUCCUGGAGAGCCGCCAGCCCGAGGGGCCCAGCCUGAGGCACCUCCUCCCUAUCGUGUCCAAGGUCACCAGCCUGGCCCCGGACGCCCUCCGUGAAGAGCAGACCAGGGCGCUCAGCAAGCGGCUGGGGGACUGGCUCCGCUACGCCAGCGUCCAGCAGGCGGUCGCCCACUCCUCCGGGGGCUUCUUCUCCACGCCUAGAGCCCGGCAGGUGAGGCUGGGGCACUCGGAGCUCCGUGUCCCCAGGCUGCCUCAGCCGGCCUGGCCUGCAGGCCGCCACCCGCUCCUCCUUCCUGGUUCCAGAACGAGCGCACUCUCCUCGCUCCACUCGGGCAUGCGGGGGUGCCUUGGGUCACAGCCCCCGAGCCUGUGGCGCGCUCUGUGGGUUGAGGCCCGGAACACGCGGGCAGGGACCGUAUUUGACCGAGGGCUGCGUUUUCAGCUCAAGUGCCUGCGCUCACGCACCCUGGGUGGGGGCGGGGUGCCCGUGGUCCCGGAGGAGCGUGGACGGCCAGGGCGGUGGCUCGCGCCCCAUGCCGCCUGUUCUUGGCCCUUCCCGGGCCCUGCAGCGCCGGCUGACCUUCCUUGCCUCCUGCAGCUGGGCCCUGUCACCGAGGUGGACGGGGCAGUGGCCACGGACUUCUUCACGGUGCUGUCCACGGGCCAGCGCUUCACGGAGGACCAGUGGCUGAACGUGCAGGCCUUCUCCAUGCUGCGGGCCUGGCUGCUGGACAGCGGCCCUGGGGGCUCCAGCGCCCCGGACGCAGACGACAAGUCGGAGCUGGAAGGCUCCACCCUGUCCGUGCUCUCGGCCGCCUCCACCGCCGGACACCUGCUGCCGCCCCAGCAAUGGCUGCGGGAGAAGGCCUUCGAGUACUGCCAGCGCCUGCUGGAGCAGAGUAACCGGCGAGCCCUGAAGAAGGCAGACUCAGACCUGCAGAAAGCAUGUCUGGUGGAGGCUGUGCUGGUGCUGGACGUGCUCUGCCAGCAGGACCCCUCCUUCCUGUACCGCACCCUCUCCUGCCUGAAGCCCCUGCACACGCGCCUGCGCGGGGACCCAGCCUGGGUGCGGGCGCUGCUGCCCGUCGCCCAGUUCUUCCUGCACCAUGGGGAGGCCGCCGCAGUGGAUGCGGAAGCCGUCUACCAGCACCUCUUCACCAGGAUCCCCGCUGAACACUUCCACAGUCCGAUGCUGGCCUUCGAGUUCGUCCAGUUCUGCAGGGACAGCCUGCCUCUGUUCGGCAGAAACCUUGGCAUUCUCAGGACAAGCUUCCCCAACCUCUUCAAGUUCCUGGCCUGGAACAGCCCGCCCCUCACCUCUGACUUCGUGGCGCUGCUCCCAUCGCUGGUUGACGCAGGGACGGCCGUGGAGAUGCUCCACCUGCUGCUGGACCUGCCCUGUCUGACCGCAGCCUUGGACCUGCAGCUCAGGUCGCUGCAGGCUGCAUCUGAGAGGCCGCCCUGGGAUGUCUCCAUCAGGGCCCCCGGCUGCCUGGAGGCCCUCCGGGACUCGCAGGUCCAGGGUCUUUUCCAGCACCUGCUGCGUGCCCACGCCAGCGGGACCGUGGAGAGGUUGACGCCGCUCUACCGGCUGCUGCAGCCCCUGGCCGGCUGCGCCCGGGUGGUCCAGUGCGCUGAGGCCGUGCCCACCCUGCUCCGGGCGUUCUUCUCGGCGGUGACACAGUUUGCUGACGGGGCCCUGGCCAGCCAGCUGGCACUGCUGCUCCUGGAACGAAGCGACUCGCUUUACCAGGUCCCAGGGUACGAAGCCGGUGUGCACAGGUGGGUCCCUCCUGGCGGGCUUCGCCCCUCCUGCGGCUCCAUGGCCCAGCCCUGGACGGGUUCACUGACCCCGCGUGCUCUGCCCCUCACGGCAGCGGUUCCCCAGCUGCCACCAACCCCAGCCCAGCCUCGGCACUUUCUCGGCCACUGUACGCACCCUUCCCUGCCCACCCAAGCCCCUCUUCCACGGAGCCUUCCAGAACGUGUGUCCCCCUUGCUGAAGGCCCAGUUUAUGCGGGCUCAUCCCCGCUCCAGCCCAGCCUCUUCCCUGGUGGGGCAAGAGGUUCCUGGCGGGGCCGGGACUACCUUUACCUCCACCUGGUGCUCGGGGGCUUCCCGCCACCGCCCAGCUCUCCUCGGGACGGGCCGCGGGGCUGGGGUCUGUGUGGGGCAAGCACAGCCCACGGGUCCUCUCGUGCAGGGUGCUGAGCUCCCAGUUCCCGGCCCUGUGCAAGCUGCAUCCUCCACUGGUGGUCGAGCAGGCGAAGGAGCUGCUGGAGUUCGUGGGCGGCCCCCGCAGCGGCGGGCACGUGCUCACAUCCGUGGUGAGGCAGCCGCUGCCCCGCCCCAGCCUGCAUGUGACGUGCGGGCCUGUCACAGGGCUGAAGUGCUGUCCCCCACCCAGGUGUGGGCCAUCGGCGAGUACCUGUCGGUGUCCUGGGACCGGCGCUGCACCGUGGAGCAGAUCAACAACUUCUUCGAAGCCCUGGAGGCCCUGCUCUUUGAGGUCACCCAGUCGCGGCCCUCCACCACCCUCCCCAAGUGUCCUCCGCAGGUCAUCACUGUGCUCAUGACCACACUGACCAAGCUGGCCUCUCGGAGCCAAGACCUGAUUCCCAGGGUCUCCCUGCUCCUGUCAAAGAUGAGGACCUUGGCCCAGAGCCCAGCCACGGGCUCCACGCCCGGUGAGGAGGGCGUGGGAGCCAUCCACACGCGGGCCACCGAGCUGCUGAACCUGCUGAAGAUGCCCAGUGUGGCCCAGUUUGUGUUCACGCCCAGUGUGGAGGUGUCCGAGCCCCGCUAUCACCGUGACACCAACACGGCCCUGCCCCUGGUCCUGCGUACGGUCAGCCGGCUGGUGGAGAGGGAGGCAGGCCUCCUGCCGGGGUGAAGGGACCAGGUGGAUGCCAGGCAGGGCUGCAGGUUGAGAGCCUGGUAUUACCGGCCAUGGCUUCAGCGGUCAGGGAGGCUGUCACAGUCUCAGCCUUUGGCCUCUGUGUGUCUGUCUUUUCUCUUAACCCCCUUCUCCCGUGGCCACACUGAGCUGUGUAGUGACACAGCACUGAUUCUCGGCUUUAGCUCCUCUUGGGGCUGGGUGGAAGCUGCCUGGUCUGUGUCCUGCCGGUCCUUGUUUGUUUGGGGGCAAGAAGAGAUGAUACGGCGAAAAUAAAUCUUUACAAAAUGGCUGCGUGAACAAGACGGGGUCUGUCCUUUUUUCCUCCACCCAGGAAGCAGGGAGCCCCACGGGCAGCCACGUAGCUGCUGCCGAGUCCAGGGGACGCAGUGCUGCUGGGCGGGGAGAGCUGGCCGUGGGGCUGGGAGGGGCCUUCACCUGGUGCUCUGCCUUCUCACCUAAUCCCCAUGUGUCAGGGCCGAGCCCCAUUCAGCCCAUGUCCCACAUGGUACAGAAACCACAGAUCACUAACAAACACACACAUGCGGUCAGUCAGAAAGGAAGCAGUGUCGACCUCCCCGAGGCGGCAGCUGCCACUGGGGAAAUGGGUUUGGUCAGUGACAUUUUUUUAGACCUUCUCCUGCUCCUAAGUUGAAGACGGUAAGGCUGGGGCUCUGGGGCUCCUGCUGGGUGGGCUGGAGGUGCUGUCACCUCUGCAGACCUGCAGCCUCCUACGAGCAGGGGGAAGGGCAGGGCACCCAGCAAAGUGUUCCCAGUGACCACCAUACCUGCCGCCAGAAGCCUUACUGGGAGCAAGUCCGGGUGCGCUUUGCUCUUACACCAAGUGGGGGAGACACCCCCUCCUCUCGAGCGCUUUCUACCACUGUUCCGUUCAAGUCAGGCCCCGGCCCGCUUGUAAACCAAACAAACCCCAAGGCUGCGCCCCAGCUUCCCGGGCGCCUGGCGGGGCUCGGCCACCAGGUGGUGCUGCUGCUUCGAAAGUCCCAGCCCACCCGCUCCGCCGCGCCCAACAUCCAGGCCUACUCCUGGCCACGCCCCCAGGCUCCGGCCCUGCCCCUCGCGGGCUCCGCCACGCCCCAACUCCGGCCACGCUCCUGGCCACGCCCCCAGGCUCCGGCCAGCUCCUGCCUCCGCCCCCGGCCGGUUUUGCCCCCCGCAGACGCCCUAAGAAACAUCCGCCGCCGAGGAAGCUGAUGAUGGGGGCCGGGCGGGUGCCGCAGGGGCGGACGCCUCUGGCUGGCGUCCCGGCCCCAGGAUGCUUUCCGAGAAGCAACAGGUGGUGCGCGGAGCAGAGCCGUGGGGCACUGGUGCGGGGCGCGCCAAAGGACGCCUGACCCUCCCAGGAUGGGGCCAACCCAGACCUGCGAGCCCCGGCGACACCCUUUGCCCGCCCGGGCUGCCCGGCCCGGCCCACCCGGCCCUGCCUGGCCCUCCGGACUUGGGUCCAGGGAGGCCAGGGUUGAGGAUGUGACACCUAGAGAAAAUGCUUUUUUUCAGUUUGCCAAGAUGCCAAUUAAUGCUCGGCUUUCAGUUUUUUCACGUCGUUCGUUCAGAUGUUGCAAGUUUGGGUCUCAAACGUGCCUACGAACCAGUUUCAGAAUACGGAUUUUGAGGGGACUUUUUUCCCUGCUUCACACGGAGCCAAGGCCGCUCUAGAA